UUGAUUUUUGUAAACUCUUAUUUUUCAACAUUUAUAUUAUUACUUGUAAAAUAUUACUUUUAUAUUAUUUGCUUUUUCUACAGUACUUUGUUGGAGCGUCGCGCGGUUCGCAUACUAAGCAGGCGAUACCCGCUAACAAAUACAUGGUACAAAUAUCUUGAGAUUGGCAUCAAUGUUGGUCCACCUAGUUACGUGGAGAUAUCCAUAGGAGAUCAUCGAGGGAACGAACUGAUAAUGUCUUUCGAAACGUGGAAGGGACUCUACGAGCAGCGACUAAACGUUCUCAAUCUCCUUCGGACUAAUUACAAAGACGCAAACAACUUCAUAAACGUUGGACCGUUAACGGCUAGAAUUUGUGUGAUCAACGACGCCAACUUUAUACGUUUAGAAUCUAACAACGUACGCAUGGUAAUGACUGAGCCGACCAUACACCGUAUGUUCGAGCUUGAUGAUUGUAUCGAAUUAACGUUUGAUCGACUACUUAAAAUCGUCGAUAAUGUCGACAUACAGUUUACGCGGUUCUCCAAUAUCGCGUCCAACGUAACAAAUCCUGAUCAAAUACCUAACGCGAUACGCACCAGUGACACUUUUGAUAAACAUCGGCUCGUCGAUUGUGAGCUCCUAGCUUUAGCAUUUAAUAUGUAAGAAAAAUUAUUACACCUCUUUAUAUGUAUAAAUAUAAAAAAAUAAAUAUUUGUAAAACUUAUAUUACCUAUUUUUUUCUUUAUUUCAUAUAUCUUUUUUUCCUUAAUAAAAAAAUAUCGCAAAUGAGAGCGUACACAAUGAGUGAGUGAGCGAGUGAGAGCGUGUAAAGAUGGUGGCGUACGGGUGGGAGCGAGAGCGUAUGAUGAGUGCAAGUGAGAGCGAGAGCGUGUAAAGAUGGUGGCGUACGGGUGGGAGCGAGAGCGUGUGAUGAGUGCGAGUGCGAGUGAGAGCGUGCGAUGGGUAAAAGCGAUGAGUGAGAGCAAGAGCAUGCGAGGAAUGAGGGUGAGAGAGCGAACGAGAAAUAUUGUUGGAUGGGAAAGUGAAACUUGCAUUUCAUAUAUAUUUAAUACAUAUAUUUUUUUUAAUAAUACAUUAUUUAAUAAUUAAAUUCAAGUAUAUAUAUUUUGUUAAUUCCAAAACUUCAUGAUUUUUUAUCCAUUAACGGGUGGCAUUCCAAAUAAUUGAUCCCAUACAUCUGUCAAU